AUGUCGAAUAUUGCGGAAGUUCAAGGAAAUAUUGCUAACCGAAAGCGCUUCAAGAAGCCUCGAUAUCCAGCGGUAGACGAGGCGUUAUACGUUUGGUUCCUGCAAAAACGGCAGCUAAACGUUCCUGUAAGCCACGAAAUGCUUCAAGUACAGGCUCAGAAGUUCUAUUCACAGAUGAUUGGGGAAGGUGAAUAUGGUAGCCGUGGUACAGAGGAAUUGCGAACAGAUGACGGAGCCAUAUUUUGCAAAUUUUUGCCACCCAAUACCACCGCUGUAAUCCAACCGAUGGAUCAGCAUGUUAUUCAGAUGGUGAAGGCUCGUUACAAGAAGAUCAUGACAAACGAGAUUCUUGGAAGAGGUGAUGAUUUUCACGAUAACGUCAAACGCAUCAACAUCAAAGAUGCCAUGUUUUGGAUUGCCCAAGCAUGGGAAGCUGUUCCGGAAUCUGCCAUUCAGAAGUCCUGGAAAAUAUUGUAUACGGAGACACCGGGUGAUGAUGAGGACGACUUGCCAUUGUCCGUAUUGCAAGAAAGGCUGAGGAACAUAAUGAAUAAUAUUAACCAGCUGGAAACAAUUGACGAGGAAAACGAAGAGUUCGAGAUCCUGAAGGACGAUGAAAUCGUUGAGAAAAUACUCAACCCAUCAGUUGAUGACUUCUCUUACACAACGAACCAAGAUCACGAGGAUAGCCAACAUCUUUCUACAUCGGUUGAUCCUGAAGAUGAAAAUGUUAACGUUUCUGAUGAAGCUGCUUUGAAUGGAGCUGACGUUCUGCUUAGCCUGGAUUCCACUAGCCGGAAGCGACGGAUAGCGGUGUGA